UCCCUCUACCUCUGCGCCAUAGCCAGAACGGCAGGCUGGACGCUCUGGGUCUCCGUCGACCCCUCCCAUCCCACAGACGUCUAUUCUCUCUCCUUGCCCCACCUCCUCUCUCGUCCUCAUCACUGCUCCAGUGCUUCAGCUGCUCAAAGUCACAGCCCAACAGGAGAGAGAGUGGCCUGUGCGCCAGCGAAGUCACCUCAGCGCUAGAGAGAGAGAGAGAGAGAGGAGGGAGAGCGGUUCAUUACUUGCUCAAAGUAAAUCAGCUCCGAGGUCCUAGGUCCGAGCUGAAACAGGAGGGAGAUCUUUCUUCCCAAAAACCCGGCUGAUUCCAGCCGGUCGAAGAGCCCUUUCUCGCCAAAAGACAGUUGUUGUUUUUUCGAUUUUUGCUGGGCUGGUUCACACCACAAAAGCAUCGAUUCCUCCGGGCGUCAUGGCGGCGCCCCGACGGCGCACGUCGGCGGAGCUCCAAGUGAACGGCGGCCUAAUGCCGCCGUCGGCGCACGUGAUCGCCUCUCCCCGAGGCAGCGGCAGCGGUGGCGCGCCCUGCCGAGAGGAACACGCUGUGACCGCGAACGGCGGCGGCCCGGCGCUCCGGGGAGCGAAGCCAAGAGGCGGCGGCAGCGUAUGCUCCGCCACCAAGACCUCCGACAGGAGGCGGCCGGCGGGGCGCAUGCCACUAUGGCGAGUCUUCAUCUUUGCGUCUGUCGCAUUGAAUGUCGCCGCACUCCCGCUCCUACUCCACCAGUACAUCGUCAGCCACCCGCACCACCCCGGUGUCAUCUCUCCUGAUCAGCAACAUCACGCCUGCGCCCCGCCGCCGGGCACGAGCGGCGCGGCGGCGAGGGCGCCGUCGACCGGGAAGCCUUCAGUAACCUCCGAUUCUGUUAUUAAUCUAGACCACGGGGACCCGACCAUGUUUGAGGCCUUCUGGCGGGAGACCGGCGACGCGGCGGAGCUCGUAAUCCCGGGGUGGCAGACGAUGUCCUACUUUUCAGACGUUGGCAACGUAUGCUGGUUCAUGGAGCCUCUGUUCGACCAGCAGGUGCGGCGGCUCCACCGCACCGUCGGCAACGCCGCCGUGGACGGCUACCACGUCCUCGUCGGCACCGGAUCCACGCAGCUCUUCAUGGCGGCGCUCUACGCCCUGUCGCCCGCCGACGCCGCCGAGCCCACCAGCGUCGUCUCCACGGCGCCCUACUACUCGACAGCGGACAGACUUCGGCGUCCGGACAGAGCGUAUGAACCCAACGGUGCUGCUUCAUUUGGUGACAUGUUCACCCCGGCAUAUCGUCGAACAGCUAGUGGGGGCGGUACGGCCGCUGCAGAGCGCAGCGAGCGGAGCAGCACUGCCUUGAGGUCGAGCGGCGAGCGCGUACGUCAGCUCCAGGAGCGUGAUGCCGAAGCCGAGAAAGGCGGGCGCGGCGAGGUGAACGGCGCGGGCGGCAUGUGCACGGCGAGCGUGUACGUGAGCUCCAGGAGCGCGAUGCCAAAGCCGAGAAAGGCGGGGGGCGGCGAAGGUUGCCAAGGAUCGGCACGGCGAGGUGAACGGCGUGGGCGGCAUGUGCGCGGCGCGCGUGUUGCAGCUCACCCGCGAGCUAGGGCUCAACUCCGACGGGCAGACUGUGGAGUGGCUACUCAGCCAGGCCGGGCCCUCCAUCCUGGCCGCCACCGGCUCCGGCACCACCCCGUCGUCUUCUCCUGCUCCUCCGCGCCCUCCACUGCCGCCGUCUUCCUCCUCAGGAAGUGCCCGCGAGAGGAUCACGAGGUGGCGCCAUCCUUCUGGAGCAUGGGCGACGAGCUCUGGCAGCACCUGCUGCUGGCCCGCGAGAGGACCACCGGCUCCGGCACGGGCGACGAGCUCGAGCAGCACCUGCUGCUGCCCCGCGACCAUGGCGACAAGCGCGAGCACAACACGGUGGAGCACGGACGCUGGUUCGGCCGUCGCUGUCGUGCCCAAGUUCUUCGGCGGCUGGAGCAGCAGCAGGGCGCCAUGCCGGAGCUCGUCGUGCAGGGCAGCAGCACGCACGAGUACCCGGGGAGGGCGACGACGACAGGGCAGUGGAGUGGCUGACCUUCGGCAGCGGCGUCGAGGUGGACUAGUGGGCAUCCAUGGUCGGCAUCGGUGGGGGAGAAAUAGAGAAAAGAGGAGAGAGAGAGGGAUGUGUGGGUGGGUGGCCCCCUCUUGUUUCGAUGACAAACGGGCCAUGGCUCACAUGCAACGGAUAGCCGGACCACAUGGAUUCAGAAAACGCCCGGAUUUUGUUUGCUUUGGACCCAAAUUUAGAACGAAAAUGGAUCCGAGCGACACAGAGCGGGUAGAAAAAUAGGAUGGGUCGCUGCGUUGGGCCAUCGUAUUUGUCCGUUUAGACUUAAACGAAUACGCAUGGACAAAAUGAGGUCGUGUUGAAGUUGGCCUAA